CCAUUAGAUCUGCUAGUGUCCGCGAGUGUAGGGAAACAUUUCCCACCUCCAAAUCUUCUUCGUUCCGUUUAGUCCCUCUUCCAGAAGUCCUUUUUGUCAAUCACCUGAGAACCGCCGACGAAUUAGAGCUCAUCGGCAACUUCUCUCCUUAUGGCACCCAUCAAGGGUAUUCCUUAUUUGCGAAGGACAGCUUUGGCUUGGCGCCACAGUAACGUGAGGGGCCUUGGCUUUAGAACAUUCAGCACUCAGGGUGCCCCAACUGCUAAUACUCCACAGCCUCCACCACCUCCCCCACCGCCAGAGAAAACCCAUUUUGGUGGUUUGAAAGAUGAAGAUCGAAUUUUUACAAACUUAUAUGGAUUGCAUGACCCUUUUCUCAAAGGUGCCAUGAAACGAGGCGACUGGUACAGAACCAAAGACUUAGUACUUAAGGGUGCUGAUUGGAUUGUCAAUGAAAUGAAGAAGUCCGGCCUCCGUGGACGUGGUGGUGCUGGUUUUCCAUCCGGCCUAAAGUGGUCUUUCAUGCCAAAAGUAUCUGAUGGUCGUCCUUCAUAUCUUGUUGUCAACGCUGAUGAAAGUGAACCUGGAACCUGUAAGGACAGGGAAAUUAUGCGGCACGAUCCACACAAACUAUUGGAGGGUUGUCUAAUUGCUGGGGUAGGGAUGAGGGCUAGUGCAGCGUAUAUCUACAUAAGAGGUGAGUAUGUGAAUGAACGAAUAAACCUUGAAAGGGCAAGAAAGGAAGCCUAUGAAUCUGGAUUAUUGGGCAAGAAUGCAUGUGGAUCCGGUUAUGAUUUUGAUGUUCAUAUACACUAUGGAGCUGGGGCUUAUAUUUGUGGUGAAGAAACGGCACUUUUGGAGAGUCUUGAAGGGAAACAAGGGAAACCAAGAUUGAAGCCUCCUUUCCCUGCCAAUGCAGGGUUAUAUGGCUGCCCUACCACUGUGACAAAUGUGGAAACAGUGGCUGUUUCUCCAACCAUUUUAAGGCGUGGACCUGAGUGGUUUGCCAGUUUUGGUAGGAAGAAUAAUUCUGGGACAAAAUUGUAUUGCGUAUCUGGACACGUGAACAAGCCUUGCACCGUUGAAGAGGAGAUGAGUAUACCAUUGAAAGAGUUGAUAGAAAGGCACUGUGGAGGUGUUAGAGGUGGAUGGGACAAUUUACUUGCUAUAAUUCCAGGUGGUUCAUCUGUGCCACUCCUUCCCAAGCACAUAUGUGACGAUGUGCUGAUGGAUUACGAUGCACUCAAGGCUGUCCAGUCAGGAUUGGGGACUGCGGCUGUGAUUGUGAUGGAUAAAUCAACCGAUGUUGUAGAUGCAAUUGCAAGGCUUUCUUACUUCUACAAGCAUGAGAGCUGUGGGCAAUGCACACCUUGUCGGGAGGGGACAGGAUGGCUUUGGAUGAUUAUGGAAAGAUUGAAAGUUGGGAAUGCAAAGCUGGAAGAAAUUGACAUGCUUCAGGAGGUAACCAAACAGAUUGAAGGGCACACAAUCUGUGCAUUGGGGGAUGCUGCUGCUUGGCCUGUGCAGGGUCUUAUUAGGCACUUUAGGCCAGAGCUUGAGAGAAGGAUCAAGGAGCGUGCCGAGAAGGAGUUACUGGAGGCUGCUGCUUAAGCUUUCUGCUCAGGCUAAAUGCUUUAUACUAGUGAAUAUCAUUGAAUAAAAUGAAGACAGUGCCCCCAGAUUUUGGGAAGAUGGGGUUACUCAGGCUUCUGGUGGUCCAUUUGGUAUUCUGUUUGUUGCUAAGCUUUAUCAAAUCUGACUUCAUUCACUGCCCCAGAGAAACCAUGAUUCGUUCUGGAUAUGCUGGGAAGGGAUUAAUUCAUGUUUAAACGUUUCAUUAAAACUUCUUUUAUGUCACAUCACAUGUUGAGGAAUUUUGUCAAUAAUACCUGCAUUUUUUCUGUUGUGUGA